CUCGAGAGACACAUAGCAGCAGCACAGGUGACUCCCACGAGUCCCACGUUUAUACAGCGAUUUGUAAGUAAACAGUGGACCUUUCGGUAGUGCGUGAUUGAAAAAAAAGUGCCGUGAGUGUGUGAUCUGGUUAUGUCCUCAUUCCCGAUGACGACGGAGAGCGAUGCCUGGGCCCUUCUCUCGCUGAAGUCGCAGCCCGCGAGCCCCGCUAGGAUGCAGUGGAGCCCUGACAACAAGGGGGACCCUAUAGCCCGCAUCGAGGGCCGCGACUUCGAGUACCUCGUCAAGCAGAAUAGGAUCAUCAUCGGCAGGAACAGUUCCCGCGGCGAUGUGGACGUGAAUAUGGGACACUCCAGCUUCAUAUCGAGGAGGCACUUGGAAGUGUUCUUCGAGCACCCCUAUUUCUACAUGCUGUGCAAUGGCAAGAACGGCGUCUUCGUGGACGGCGUGUUCCAGCGCAAAGGAGCCCCCUCGAUCAGGCUGCCCAAGACAUGUACGUUUCGGUUUCCAAGUACAAACAUCCGCCUCUCCUUCAUGUCCCUGGUGGACGACAACUGCGAGCCGCCCCCCAAGGUGCGCGAGGUGUCCCCCAUGAGGAUGAGGGACAGGUCGGGGGGUGGGUCGGCCUUGCCGCCCCUCAGGAUCAACAUCCCCGACGCCGACUACGGCAGUCCGUUCCCCUCGCCCACCGGCACCAUCAGCGCCGCCAACAGCUGUCCAGCCAGCCCUAGAGGCGGGCAUGGUGGACACAGUGGUGGUCACGGGAAGAGGAACGUACAAGCAGAUCUGCAGAUGGUAGCCCAGUAUGCCGCUCAAGUAGUCCAUAGGGAUGACAGCCAUCAUGUUCCUCAAAGUCAUAGUCCCGAGUAUAGGCAAUCCACACCUAAUGGAAAUUCGAUCCCCCCGGUGGUCAUAAACGACGGCGGUUACGUGGCGAGCAGCAGCGGCAAGGACGAAUCGAAGCCGCCCUUCUCGUACGCGCAGCUCAUAGUCCAGGCGAUAGCCAGCGCGCCCGACAAGCAGCUGACCCUGUCCGGGAUCUACAGUUACAUAACCAAACACUAUCCCUACUACCGGACGGCCGACAAGGGCUGGCAGAACUCCAUUCGGCACAACCUUAGUCUCAAUAGAUAUUUCAUUAAGGUGCCCAGGAGCCAAGAGGAGCCCGGCAAGGGUUCGUUCUGGAGAAUAGACCCACAGUCGGAGACCAAGUUGAUCGAGCAAGCAUUUAGGCGUCGGAGGCAGAGGGGAGUGUCGUGUUUCAGGGCCCCCUUCGGAUUGAGCUCAAGAAGCGCCCCUGCCUCGCCAUCUCACGUCAGCAUGUCCGACCUGAUGACGCCAGAGUCGCUCUCGAGAGAGGGCUCGCCCACGAUGGAGCACAUGGUCGACGUGAGCCAGUCGGCCCCGGGCAGUCCCGGCAACCCGGCUGUGGCGUACGCCGGCUCCGGCGGCAUGAUAGGCCACCAACAGAUGUCGGCGCUGGUCGGCGCCACGAAAGCUAGGCUGCUCCUGCCUCACCCCAUGGACAACAUGGACCAAGUGGCCAGCUCUAACGGCCAGGAGUAUAGGGAAGAAAAGUACCACGUAAAUUCUAACCUAGAAGAACGUUCGCUGUCACCCGCCGCUUUCUCCCCCCAACCCGUCAUCGUUCAAACAGCAAACUAUUCGCCAUAUAGUUCCGUUUUCGUUCGCAGCAGCGGCGGUUACGCCAACGUGGGCCUGGACUUGAAGAGGCACAUGGACGAUCAGAGCGCGGGCAGUCCCUCCAGCACGGGCGACUUGGACAGCCUGCAGGAGCCGGACGUGAAGAGACCGCGACAGGACCAGCCCAAGUACGAGACAGAAUAGACCGUGGACUAGCACGGCAGGUUUAUCAAGUUUUAUGCGACACAUACCGACAAAUAAAAAUAAAUCUGAAUGUAAGAUAGCCGCUGAAGCGAAAUAAGUCCAUUUAAUGCCAAGGUUUGUGAAGGGGCGAGGUUCGCCUCCGAGUUGUUGGUUUUUUAACGGAUUCGAAAUGUUGUUUUAGGUAGUGCGUAAGUAGGGAAGGAGAAUAGUUAGGAAUUUUAUAAAAAUGAAGUGAUGUGAUAAGUAACGUUUUAGAAUUUGACAAAUUCGUAUCAGAUCCGAGCUCGCCGCUUGCUAGGAGUAUAAUAAACGCCAGUGUUGUUGAGAAUGCAUCCGACUUAAGGCUAAGUGUCGCCAGUUCUCGUCUUUAUUUACGUUAUCUUUUUUAUUGUGCGAACUUAGCGGCUUUCUAGCGAAGUUAAGAUCCUUAAGCGUUCCCGUAAAGAACUGCUGCUUCGUUACUUUUUUUACGAUUUCUUCGCUUCAAAGUAUUUGAAACAUCCGCCGAGGUACCUUUUUACGACGCGGUGCAUUUUGGAAUUAAAAAAAAAAUACGGCGAGGUUUUUAAACGAUUAAAUUUGUCAAGUUGUUGAUAUUUGAAUAAAUUUUUGACGCAGGAGAGUUUAGUCUAUCUGUAUAGCGGGAAUAUAUUUUGUUGCCUUGAAUUUACGUGUUGAAUUAUGUAAGAGUAUAUUUUAAAGGUGGUAACGAUUAAAGAUUACUUGGACUUAUUUUUUUGCUGGUUCAAAAGCAAUACAAAACUUUUUUUUUUGUUUGUGUGAUAAAUUAUUGAUUACUUGUAAAUCAUGGGGAGAUUCUUUUUGUUUUAACGCGGCAAACGGCACCUCUAAGCUGUUUUAUUUUUUUAUGGUAGUUUUUUUACCAUUAAGUGAUUAAAAAAAAACCUUUUUUUUUAGUUGUAUAGUUUUUAAGGUAGCAGCCUUAUCUUUUACCUUAAAUAUUAUGAACCACUGUAGUAAUAGCAAUAAUUAAUAAUAAUAAUAAUAAAAAUAAUAAUAAUAAUAAUAAUAGAAGUCAAAUUUUUUUAUUCAUUUUUAUUUUCUCAAAUAAUUCGGUUUUAUUUUGUGUCGACCUUUCUUUGAUUAUUUUCUUAAUAUUUAUCAACAUACAGGGUGUUUUGAUUUGUAGGUUAACUUCGUAACGGAAAAAAUAGACGAAAGCCAACUAUUUUUUUAUAAAUUACCCUUAAAAACGUGCAAAUUUCUUGAAAAUUAUAAAUCCUGAGCCUGCUACGAUUUUUUUUAAGCGCCAAUUUUGUAUUAGCAAUUUUUUAUUUUGAAAUUGAAUAACGUUAUAUAUACAUCCCUUAAAAUACUCCCAUACUGAUUUCUAUAAAACUUUAUUCAUUAUUGAAUUUUUCAUACAAUUUAAAACGUGAUAAUUUCUGUUGUACUUUUAUAUCAGUUAGUGCAUUCUUUGUUUUUAUUCAUUUUAUUUUUUUAUGAACGGAUGUCGAAGAAAGGGCAAAAUUAUACUUUUUUACAAAAUUAAUUUAUAAUAAUUGAAUAAAAGAUUGUUAUCGGUCAAAAUUGAACAAAAAUUGGACCAAAAAAAUCAUAGCCGGCUUAGGAUUUGAGAUUUUAAGGAAGUAAUAGUCUUAAAAUGAUUGUGCAGAUCCUCAGAGCUAUUUAAACAAUAAAGUUGACCCUCAUUUGUUUUUACUUACUACGUUAACAGCUGGUCCAUUUUUCUGACCGAAGGGAAUACGAGUAUACUCGUAAGGUGUAAGUUUCUGAAACUAUCAUUAAAAAAAAAUUGCACCAAAAAAUCAUAGCCGGCUUAGGAUUUGAGAUUUUAAAGAAUUAAUAGUGUUAAAAUGUGUAGAUUCACAGAGCUUAUUUAAUACAAUAUAAUUGAUUCUCAUUUGUUUUUACUUGCUACGUUAACAGCUGGUUCAUUUUUCUGGCCGAAAGGAAUACGAGUAUACUCGUAAGGUGUAACUUUCCGAAACUAUCACAUUAACUGUUGCAAAAUAUAACUUCUAGAAGCAUUUUUUCCCUAAUAUUGCUUUUAUUAUAUUUACACGAAAUAGUAUGGUUUUGUACCUCAAAAUCUCCACUAUUUUCAAUGAUUUCUUCAGCUGUUUUUUUUAAGAGGGCUCUAUAGCAAAUAGGCAACCAGCAAUAGAUUUUAUUACACAUUUUGUCUAAAUAUGAAUUAAU